AUGAACUCCUUGGUGAGCGUGGCUGGGAACAACAGUUCCUGGGACAAACUUCUGUCCUACCUGAGGGGCCUGGAUCAGUGCCAGCUGGAGGAAUUCAAACUCGGCCUCCAGUCCCCACAGUGGCUGCCCAGUGGCUCCCAGAAGAUCCCCUGGGCCGAUAUGAAAGCUGCCAACCCCACUGACCUGCUCUGUCUGCUGAAUGAGCACUUCCCGGGGAGGCAGGUGUGGGAGGUGACCCUCCGAAUCUUUGAGAACAUGAAUCUGACUUCACUUUGUGAGGAACUGAGAGCUGAGAUGAAUGAGAUGGCACAGGCACCCCAAGACCCACGCCAAGAAGAACUGGAGAUCCCAGAAGACCAGUCAGUCGACAUCAGAAUGUACCGAGAGAGGAUGAAGGCUAAAAUAUUGGCAAUGUGGAACCGUAUCCCUUGGCCGGAAGACCACAUAUACCUCCGAAACGUCACAGCACAGGAGCAUGAAGAGCUUCAGUGUCUCCUGUACCCCAAGAGGACUGGAGCCCAGCCCCUGACGAUAGUCUUGCAUGGUGCAGCAGGGGUCGGGAAGACCACCCUGGCAACAAAGCUCCUGAUGCACUGGGCAGAGGGCUUACUGUUCCAACACAGCUUCUCCUAUGUCUCUUACAUCAGCUGCCAUCAAGCCAGAGAGAUGGAGGACACCACCUUUGCCGGCCUGCUUUUCCGGGACUCACCAGACUCUCAGGCCCCCAUCGAAUACUUCAUGAGUCAUCCGGAGAGGCUCUUGUUUGUCAUCGAUGGCUUUGAGGAAAUGACCAUGCCCCCCAAUGUGGGUGACAGCCUGCCGUGUCCAGACUGGUACCAGCAGCUCCCAGUGGCCAGAAUCCUACUCCACUUGUUGAAGAAGGAGCUGGUUCCCUCUGCUACCUUAUUGAUCACCACCAGGGACUGUAGCAGGGAAGACCUUAAACAACUGUUAUUGAAUCCAUGGUUUAUACAGAUCCCAGGGUUCACAAAGGAAGAUCAGGAGGAGUAUUUCUUUAGAUACUUUGGGGAACAAAAGAAAACCAGGAGAAUCUUGCAGUGGAUAAGAAAGCAAGAAGUUCUGUCUCGUUCCUGUUCCGCCCCCCUCGUGUGCUGGAUGGUGUGCUCCUGCCUGAAGAAGCAGAUGGCAAGGUGUCCCUCUUUCCAGCUGGGUGCCCAGACCACCACCCAUCUGUACGCUUGUUUUUUCUCCAGCUUGUUCGAAACAGCAGAGGCGAGUUGGUCAAAGCACAGCUGGAUGGAGCAGUGGCGAGCCCUCUGCUCUCUGGCUGCUGAUGGGAUGUGGUCUUCAAAGUUCACGUUUGCAAAAGAGGACAUUGAACACCGGCGCCUGCAGGCGCCUCUGAUUGGUUGUCUAUUGAGGCUCAAUAUUCUUCGAAAGGCCAGUGACUGUGAGGACUGUGUCACCUUCACUCACCAAAGCUUCCAGGUGUUUUUGGGAGCCAUGUUCUACGUGCUAAGGGGAAAAGAAGGAGCCGUUGGCGGUCUCUCAAAGUAUCAAGAGAUGAGGGCGCUCCUGGAUGAUGCCUUUGUGGACACAAACUCCUACUGGAACCAGAUGGUUCUUUUUUUCUUCGGUCUCUUGAAUGGAGACCUAGCAAGAAAAGUAGAAGAUACUUUGCAUUGUAAGAUGUGUCCCAGGAUCACGGACAAGUUAUUGAAAUGGGCAGAAGAGAUAUCCACAUCUGAUGCCGUCUCCUGCAGUUUUGAAUUCCUUCUAUUUUUUCAGUGCUUGUAUGAGAUGCAGGAGGAGUCCCUAGUCAGGCAAAUUUUGAGCCACCUCCUUGAAGCAGACCUGCAUCUUGGGGAUCUUCAGUUUCAGGCUAUUUCAUUUUGUCUAAAGCACUGUCAAAAGUUAAGUAAGCUAAGGCUCUCUGUCAGCUGUUACAUCCCCCAAAUGGAGACGAGGUUUGUCCAUUCCAAGAUAAGCCAGUGGCAGGAUGUCUGCUCUGUGUUCCACAAUGGGAACUUGAGUGAACUAGACCUGAGUAACAGCAAGCUGAAUGCUACAUCUAUGAAAAAACUCUGCUAUGAGCUUAGAAAUCCAAGGUGCAGACUCCAAAAACUGACAUGCAAAUCAAUAGCCCCUGUCAGGGUCCUGAAGGAACUCAUUAUGGUCCUUUAUGGUAACAACCGGCUGACCCACCUGAACUUGAGCUCCAACAACCUGGGAAUUACUGUGUCCAUGAUGAUUUUUAAAACCUUCAGGCACUCAGCAUGCAACCUCAAGUAUCUGUGCUUGGAGAAAUGCAACCUGUCGGCUGCCAGUUCAGAGGCACUUGCCUCGAUUCUCACCAGCACCCAGAGGACAGCCCGGCUGUGCCUGGGAUUCAAUCCGCUGCGGGAUGAUGGUGUGCGGUGGCUGUGCGCCUCCCUGAGUCAGCCCGACUGUGCCUUGGAGAGGUUGGUGCUCUGCUUCUGCCAGCUCGGAGCGCCCAGUUGCAGGCACCUGACUGACGCUCUCCUGCAGAACAAGAGUCUGACGCACCUGAACCUGAGGAAGAACCAGCUGGGUGAUGAGGGGGUGAGGUUUCUGUGUGAAGCGCUGCGUCAGCCGGACUGUGCCCUGCAGAGCCUGGAUCUGUCGGAGUGCUCCUUCACGGUGGAGGGCUGUCGGGAGCUGGCGGAUGCCCUGGAGCAAAAUCAGAACCUGAAGGUGCUGGACAUCGGGAGAAACUGUGUUCAGGAUGAUGGAGGGAGGCGGCUUUGCGAGGUUCUGAAAUGCUCGAGCUGUGUGCUGAGCACACUUGGGUUGGAGAAAUGCAGUCUGACUUCUGCUUGCUGCGAGCAUCUGUCCGCGGUUCUUGGAAGCAGCACAAGCCUGGUUAACCUGAACCUCUUAGGAAAUGACUUGGGAACUCAAGGCGUCAACAAGCUGUGGAAGUCCCUGAAAAAGUCAACCUGCACACUCCAGAAACUCGGGUAG